ACGAGCUUUGUUGUGGAUGCUUUUACUUAUGGAGCUGUGCCACAGUGUACGGCAUACUUUCUCUCGCACUUUCAUUAUGACCAUUACGGUGGUCUAACGGCUCGCUUUGAUUGGGGGCCGCUAUACUGCAGCGCCAUUACAGCACGCCUCGUGCAGUCACAAAUCGGUGUCAAGCCCGAGCACAUUCGUAUUAUUAAUCCUGGCAACACGUACCAAAUCGAGGGACAUCGCGUGACCGUUCUGGAAGCAGAUCAUUGCCCUGGGGCUGUUCUUCUCAUCUUCAAUGUCAACGGGCGCAAUGUACUUCAUACCGGCGACUUUCGAGCUACCGAACAGGUGCUGCAAUCGUUACAAUCAUUCUCCAUCCACACGGUGCAUUUGGAUACAACGUACUGCAAUGAAAAAUAUUGCUUUCCUCGGAUCGAAACCAUUCUUUCACGCCUUCAAGACAUUUGCGAGAAGCAUCGACUGCCGCGAACACUGUUUCUUUGUGGAACCUAUACGAUUGGAAAGGAGCGUGUUUUUCGUGCAAUUGUGGAACGGCUUGGCGCCAAAUUUUGGUGCCCAAAGGACAAGAAAAAG